UAGACAGACAGUUUCACAUUUAUUGAAUCCUGUAGAGAUUAAAGAGAUGAUCAGGUACCUUUUCCUAAUGAAUCGCCAGGGCCGUCUCCGGCUGGCGAAGUGGUAUAUCACAGCUUCUCGGAAAGAAAGGGCUGCUAUACUUCGCGACGUCACCCAGGCUGCAUUGGGACGCUCACUUCGAAUGUCGAACGUUGCUGAGGUACAUGGGAACAAAUUUAUUUGUCGUCGAUACGCCUCACUGUACUUUAUCGCGGGUGUGGACCAUGGUGAUAAUGAACUGAUUACGCUCGAGAUAAUACACCACUUUGUCGAAGUACUUGAUAGAUAUUUUGAGAAUGUUUGCGAAUUGGACUUGAUUUACAACUUCCAUCGUUCUUUUUUUUUGCUUGACGAGGUGAUCCUAGCUGGGGAGCUACAAGAGAGUAGUAAGCGAAGUAUCCUCAAGUACAUCCACACGCAUGACACAGUUGCAGACGAGAGUGAGGAGGGACACAUAAGCACCUCAGUCGGCGCCCAAAUUGCGCAUAUAUUUAGAAAUCUUUAGUUGACAAUAUCGGGAUUUCCUCGUCUCAUUAAUUUAUGCAAGCUUACAUUGAUGUUAUGCAAGGAUGUCGGCGGUACGACAGAUAGCAAAUUUGACAUGCUGAUCAUUUUCUUUUUCAUUGUUUCUUUUUUUUCCUCACCAUGGUCUUUUUUACU